GUUGACAGAAAUCAACAACGACACUCGUCAUCUCGGUGCUCCUUCUGAAUCGAAAGACCCACUCGGCGCAGGAUUCGUCCGACCUCACUAUGUCUACGAGCAAGCUCAAGGCGAAAGUUUCCGGACUGAACAAAUCUCUCGAUGAGCUCGAGGCGCAGCUGGAGCCUCUGUUAGCACAAAGUUUACCAGAGACGUCCCUUGGCUUGGAUGUUAUACAGCAAGCGAAGCUGCAUGUGCUAGUCCCAUAUGUGACAUACGACCUCAUAUUCAUAUACCUGAGAGCCAUGGGGAUUGAUCCAAUGGCCCACCCCAUAAUACAAGAGCUGGAACGCGUGAAGAAAUACUUCGAAAAGAUCAAGGAGGCGGAGGAUCCUGCUAGACGUUCUCUCGUUGUGGACAAGGGCGUCGCAAGCCGGUUCAUCAAACAUGCAAUAUCCCAAGCACGAGUUGAUCCGCCCACGAGGCAAGAGAACACCCACAUACGAUUCAACGAGGAAGUCCCCGUAAAGGUUACUAGCAAAAUGCGCGAAAGGGCCGACUACCAGAAGAAGCUCACAGAAGAAGACGAGGACGGGAGUGAAGAUGGGGAAGCUUUGAAGGUUAUAGAGGACGAAUCUGAAGAGGAGCAUGAAGAGGAGGCGUCUGGCAUACCGCAAGACAAGGGUAAAGCCAAGGCUGACGAUUAUGAGAGUGGUACCCCUGAGGAGACCGCUUCGCGUGCAGGCGAAAAACGGAGAAGACCAGUCGAUCCUUUCACAGGUUAUGGCUCCGCCAUCCGUGAGUCUGACACAGCGAAUCCGAGUUCUGUCUCGAAGAAGCCCAGGAAACAACGUAAGAAGACUAAUUUAGCCACCAGUAUUGGUGGUGCUUAA